GAAGACGAAAAGCGAACAGAGGAAGAUAGCAAUUUUUCUAAAUAUAGUUGGUGACGAUGCACUAGACGUGUACAAUACUUUCACCUUCACCGAUGAAGAAAAAGAAAGAACCUUGGAAAUAGUGCUGGCUAGGUUUCAAACGUACUGCAAUCCAAAAAAGAACUUACUCCAUGCAUGUUUUUUAUUCUACUCACGGACACAGAAAGACGGGGAAAGAUUUGAUAACUUCCUCACGGACCUCAAGAUGCUAUCACGGGACUGCGAGUUCAAACAUCCUGACGAGCUACUGAGAGAGAGAAUUGUUUUCGGAACAAAUGAUAAAGUUACUCAAGAAAAAAUCAUAAAAUCUGGAAGUGUUGAAUUGGAGGAAACAAUACAACAGUUCCGAACAGCUGAAAUAACCUCUACUCAGGCGAAGGAAGUGAUGCAACCAACACGGGACUCGACUUAUGCAAGUGUGGAUGAAACGAAGUUUCACAAAACUGUGGCCCCACCUUUCUCAAAACAGCCUAGUAGGCCCACACAAAGUACACAUGGUGAGGUACUGUGUAAGUGGUGUGGCUACCAUCAUAUUAAAGAUCCCGUGAACUGUCCGGCGAGAGGAAAAACAUGCUCUUUAUGCGGCCGCAGGAAUCAUUUUGCGAAGGUGUGUAAGUCUCGUGGAGAACUCCACAUAGGAAAAUCUCAGAACUCAAAAUUAAAUGAGGUUAAAGAAGUGUACACUGGUAGGCAUAACAACACACAAGCUAAUCAACAAUGGGAGGAUUAUUACUGUAGCUUGGUUUUUGCACUCAAAGAAACCGACCAUAUUGCAACAAUUUGCUGGAAAGAAACAGGGUGUUUGGAAAAUGUAAUUGAUGUAACUUUCAAGCUGGACUAUGGUGCGUGUGUGAACAUACUGCCUCUGGAAACAUUUUCUCUUUUGAAACAACGUGCCCCUAAAACUGUGAUACUUAAGAAAGAAACUAGAUCAUUGGCUGCAUAUAAUAACUCAGAAAUCAAGGUAGUGGGAUGCACUGAUAUCAACUUGACUAUAAAUGGGGUUUGCUUGCGAGAAACAUUCAUAGUAGUUGAUGAAAAAUCUGUACCUAUACUAGGUCUUCAAACAUGUGAGAAGAUGGGACUGCUACAUCGAAAUGUAAUCAGUGAAGUUGGAGACCAGUCAAAGGACAACAUAGUCACCCAGUAUGCAGACGUCUUCUCAGGAACACAAGCCGGUAUGUUAUGCAUCGAAGACACUCUCCCAGACAGAAGUUAACUAUGGACAGAUUGACAAAGAGUUUCUAGCAGUCCUCUUUGCAUGUCGACACUUUCACCAGUACAUCUAUGGUCAUGAUAUAACCAUCCAAACAGAUCACCAACCAUUGAUCUCCCUAAUGAAGAAAGAAAUUUGCCGGAUUCCAUCAAAGCGCCUUCAAAGUAUCAAACUUAAACUUAGCAUAUACAGGAUCAAUCUUGUGUAUGUACCAGGAUCAAAAAUGCUCAUAGCAGAUGCCCUAAGUAGAGCAUGUUCAAAAGCUCCAGAGCGUGAUGUAGAUGUCUCUCUGAAUGAAGUUGUACACUCCAUCAAUAUGUCAGAUGAAAAGAAACUUUUGUUCCAACAACACAGUAAAAAUGAUGUUUUACUCACACAGUUAAGUACCUUGUUCCAGGAGGGCUGGCCGACGUCGAAAACAAAAGUUCCUGACAUUGCAAAAUUUUACUUCAAGUUCCGACACGACAUCGUUGUUGAAGAUGGUUUAGUGUUCCUAGGUGAGCGCAUCAUAGUUCCCACUGCACUGCAACAAACAGUGCUUAGGGAUCUCCACCAAUCCCAUUUUGGCAUGUCCAAGACUAAAGCUAGGGCAAAGACUUUGUUUUACUGGGCAAGAAUGGACACAGACAUUGAGGAGUUUGUAGCAAGGUGUAGCCUAUGUGAGAAAUACAGUGCAAAAAAUACUAACGAGCCAAUGAUCACACAAGACCCUCAAAGGUAUCCAUUCCUGAAGGUGGCAUGUGACAUUCUUGAAUUUAAAACACAUUCAUACCUUGUGCUCUGCGACUACUACUCAAAAUGGAUAGAACUGGUUCCCCUAACAUCCAAAGAUUCACCUACUAUAGUACAAACUCUGAAAGUCAUUUUCUCAACACAUGGAAUACCUAAUACCUUGAUUGCUGACAACAUGCCAUUCAGCUCUCGACAUAUGAACCAGUUCAGCUCUGACUACGGCUUCAAAAUCCAAACAUCAAGUCCAUACUACCCUCGGAGCAAUGGCCUAGCUGAACGAGCAGUAGGAAUUUGUAAACAAAUGCUAAAAAAAAGUACAGAAGAAAACCAGGACAUAUACAUGAUGCUCCUAGAAUAUCGCAAUACACCAGUGUUGGGUUCACAGUUCAGCCCCGCACAACUUCUGUACAGUAGGCGAACAAGAACAACACUACCGAUCCAUAACAACUUGUUAAAACCUCACAUUGUAACAAACUUCCACAACACACAGUUAAAGUAUGACUACAGAAAUAAGAAACAUUAUGACAAAAACACCAAGUCCAGAUAUCUUGAGUUCAAAAAAGGGGAGCACAUAGUAUACCAUGACCAGGGUACUUGGAAACCAGUCACAGUGAUACAGGUGUGUGAAGCUCCAAGGUCUAUCCUCAUUGAAGAUGAAUUUGGGAGAGUCAAAAGAAGAAACACAUUUCACCUCAGAAAAUCCAAAGUCCAACAGGAACGCUCAAAAUCACACCAGUCUGUUCAACACACACACCAUGUACAACCUUACUGGAUGGGAGAAAGAGUAACAGUGGAACACGCAACUUCUGGGGGAACAGAAAGAAAGGGUCAGGAAGGGGGUUUUAGAGGUUUUGCACCUGAUGAAGUUAUCCCAGUUGAAAGACAAAGAGAAGAACCAGUGCACUCACGACCACAUCGAACUGUCAGAACCCCCAAUUACCUUAGUAGUUACGUGUUAAAGUAAAGUUAACAUAAUAAAUGAAACAGUACUGAAAUUAUAAAGAAUAGGAAGAUGUAGUGUAGCGAGUAAAGGUUGGCGACAGUGAAAAGAGGAACAUGGCGGACUGGGAUGCUGAUGUGGGUCAGCAACAGUAAUGUGAAUGUUUAUGAUGUUAGUAGUGAUGUAUUUAGUAGUAAUACAGUGAAGAAAUAAACAAACAUUACAUCACCCAUGUGAUUUUUGUACCAAAUUAAUUUUAUGACUAAUUUACAUAAUUAUAUAGCCUAAACAGCUACAUAA